AUGUUCAUCAAACAGAUCAUCAUUCAAGGCUUCAAGUCCUAUAAGAAUCAGACCGUCAUCGAACCAUUCAGUGCACAACACAACGUUAUUGUUGGUCGAAAUGGCUCUGGAAAGAGUAACUUUUUUGCAGCAAUUCGCUUUGUCCUGAGCGAUGCAUACACAAACAUGGGUCGUGAGGACCGACAGGCUCUUCUUCAUGAAGGAUCCGGCGCAGCGACCAUGUCGGCCUACGUCGAAAUCAUCUUUGAUAACAGCGACAAUCGGUUUCCGACUGGCAAGGAUGAGUUGGUAAUGCGUCGUACCAUCGGACUCAAGAAGGACGAGUACUCGUUAGACAAGAAGAGUGCUACGAAGACGGAUGUCAUGAGCAUGCUAGAGAGCGCUGGCUUCUCGAGGUCGAACCCGUACUAUAUCGUCCCACAAGGAAGAAUCACCUCUCUCACUAAUGCAAAGGACCACGAAAGGCUCUUGCUGCUAAAAGAAGUCGCAGGGACUCGGGUGUAUGAACAACGGAGACAGGAGAGUUUGAAAAUCAUCGGGGAGACAGACACAAAGCGCAAGAACAUUGAGGAGCUGUUGGCGUACAUUGAACAACGCUUGGAAGAACUGGAGGAAGAAAAAGAGGAAUUGAAGCUGUAUCAAGAGCAUGACCGCCGUCGGAGAUGCCUUGAGUAUACAAUUUACAGCCGUGAGCUGAAGGACGUGAAUGAAGCAUUGGACGAGAUGGAAGAGGGUCAUAAGCAGGAACUCGAUGGAUCAAACCAGCAGCAAAAGGACUUUCAGGAGAGGGAGGCUCAUCUGGCGGCAUUGGAGCAGGAAAUCAGCAAGGAAAAGCAACAUGCCGAACUGCUGCUUGCGGAAAAGAGACAGUUGGACCACGAACUAGAGAUCCAGGCCAAGACCAAGGCACAAACCGAGCUCCGAAUCAAGGACCAUGAGGAUAACGCCGAGAUGACCUCAGAGAGCAAGCAACGGAAUCAGGAAGAGCUGAAGGCGGUUGAGGAUGAGAUCCAGUCAAAGGAGUCUGAACUCUCCCAGGUCCUCCCAGAGUUCCAGGCAUGUGAGGCCGAAGAACGCCAGCUUCGAGAGGAGCUUGAGCGAGUGGAGAUGCAACGUGAGACGCUUUAUUCAAAACAGGGACGCGCCGGCCAAUUCCAAUCCAAAGCUCAUCGCGAUGAGUGGAUCCGCAACGAAAUGAACGAUAUCCAGCAAUCCUUCAACAGACAAACAGCCCAGGCGACUCUGACCGAAAAUGAACUGCAGACACAGCGAUCUCAGUUGGCACAGAUCAAAGAAAAGAUCAAGGCCGUGCGUGAGCAAGAGGCUGCACGGAAGACGGAAAUUGAAGGAUGUUUACAGGAGUUGACGACGGUCAAAGCUGAGCGCGAUAAGUUGACCGACCAAAGAAAGGAUUUAUGGCGUGAAGACGCAAAGAUGGACUCGACUCUUAAUAACCUUCGUGAGGAAUAUCGCAAAUCCGAGAGGUCCUUGGGCGCAUCGAUGGACAAGAGUACUAGUGCGGGUCUGGCUGCUGUCGGAAGAAUCGUAAAGGCCCUGAAUCUGGAUGGCGUGUAUGGCCCUCUCUAUGAGCUCUUUGAUGUUGAGGACCAAUACGAUGUUGCUGUGAAUAUGACUGCAGGGUCAAGUCUGUUCCAUGUUGUUGUUGACACAGAGACCACUGCUACUCGAGUGCUUGAGAUCCUGAACAAGGAGAAGGCAGGCCGUGUAACCUUCAUGCCCCUGAAUCGUCUGAAUCCUAGCCCUUCGACAUAUCCCGAGGCCAACGAUGCAAUUCCUAUGAUCACAAAGCUGAAGUUCGAUCCUAAAUUUACAAAAGCGUUCGAACAGGUCUUUGGUAGAGCGUUGAUCUGUCGCACGCUCGAGAUUGCGGCCACUUACUCGCGAAGCUACAACCUGAACGGAAUUACCCUCGACGGAGACCGUGUUGAUCGCAAGGGUGCUCUGACCGGAGGAUAUCAGGACACCAGAAAUUCCAGGUUACACUCGAUUAAGAGCAUCAAGUUCUUUAAUGCGAAAUAUCAGGUGGCUACGGAACGGUGUCAAGUUGUUAAACAGGAGAUUUUGAGUCUUGACCAAAGGAUUACUGGACUGUUGAACAGGAUUCAGCAGAUUGAUGCGCGAAGGAAACAGUUACUUGACAAGCGCGAGACACUUGUGAUCGAGUUCAAGUCCCUGACAAAGGAUGAGACGAUGUUGAAAGAGGCUAGUGAGACCAAGGAGAAUGCGCACCGCAAUCUUACAGCUGAUCUUAAACUUCUACAGGCGCAGCUGGCUGCUCUCAGCGAGGAGCUCCGGUCGGAUAUGACUCAGACCCUUACUGCUGCCGAACACCAACUCUUGAACGAAUUGAAUGUGAAGGCAAACGAUCUGAAAGAACGUCUUUCUGCAGUGGCAAUAGAGAGAUCGAAGACUGGAACACGCAAAAACAUUAUAGAGAUUACACUGGGGUCCAAUUUGAGGCCUCGCAUGGAUGAAUUAAGAGACAAAAUUGAGAACAGCGCGGCCUUGAGUGAUGAUGACCUUGAGAAACGUCGCAGAGAUCUUGAAUCUGUCAUGAAAUCGAUCGAGGAAAUCACAAGCCGAACGCAAGAAAUUGACGAUGAGCUCGAAGAGACUGGAAAGGGCCUGACAGAGAAGGAGUCAAGGCUAGAGAAGCUUAAGACUGACCAACAGGAGGAUUCCCGACAAGUGCGCAAGACACAGAAGGAUGCUGAGAAAUAUGUUUCCAGGCGAAACCUUCUGGUGCGCAAGAAGGAAGACUGCACCAAGAACAUUCGCGAUCUUGGUGUGCUUCCUGAGGAAGCUUUUGAGAAAUACAAGAGUACUCCUUCUGAGAGGUUGCUGAAGCAAAUUCACAGGGUGAAUGAGGAGCUGAAAAAGUACAGCCACGUCAACAAGAAGGCCUUUGAGCAGUACAGCAAUUUUACAAAGCAACGUGAUUCAUUGAACCAGCGGAAGGACGAGUUGGACGCCUCAGAAGCUGCAAUUCGCGAACUGAUCCAAACCUUGGACCAGCGAAAGGAUGAGGCCAUUGAGCGUACGUUCAAACAAGUGGCGAAGAACUUUUCAGAGGUGUUCCUGAAACUUGUCCCUGCGGGUCGCGGUCGGCUGAUUAUGCAGCGCAAGAUGGAUCAGACGGCGCCUGACGUUGAUGAGGAUGAGGAUGAAGAUCAGGGUCACGAGGCCUCUGCGAUCGAUAACUACACAGGCAUAGCGAUUCAGGUGUCGUUCAACAGCAAAAUGAACGAGGGUCUCCGCAUGCAACAGCUCUCAGGAGGCCAAAAAUCGCUUGUGGCAUUAACGCUCAUCUUUGCCAUCCAGCAGUGUGAUCCUGCACCGUUCUAUUUGUUUGACGAAAUCGAUGCCAACCUAGAUGCGGCACAUCGUACUGCCGUGGCCGCUAUGAUCCACUCGCUCGCCGAAAAUGCACAAUUUAUUACGACAACAUUCCGACCCGAGAUGCUGACAAAUGCGGACAAGUUCUAUGGUGUCACCUUCCAAAACAAGGUAUCAAUGGUCAAUGCGAUCACGAAGGAGGAGGCUUUGGACUUUGUGGAGCAGGAGCGGACUCAUUGA